AUGGCUUCAACGGUGUCAGACGAAAACUACAAUGCCGGUACUGGUGUACUGGCAACAGCAUGGGCUCUUACAGCGGCCGCAAUUGUCGUUAUGUCCCUCCGGGUGGUCGCCAAAUUCAAAAUUUCCAAAUUCAACGUCGACGAUGUGGUGAUGAUCCUGGCGCUUGUGUUGCUCAUUUCCAGCGCUGCUUGCGUUACCAUCGCGGUCCAGGCUGGUCACGCUCGCAACGCCGUCAUCACACAUGAUCAAGAGGUGCGCAGCAUCAAGUUCUACCUCCUGGCACAAUCUCUAGGCAUUAUAUCAUGUACGGUUGGUCGUAUCGCAUUCAUCAUGUACCUCCGCCGUCUCGUGCCGCUGCAAUGGAAAACGCGAAUUGCAUUACUCAUACUUCUGGGACUACAACCACCCGUCAACGUGGUGCCGGUUCUUCUGAUAUUCGCUGGGUGCAAGGAUAUUAGGGCGGUCUUCGAUUAUUCUAUAACCGGCGUAUAUUGUUUGCCUCCGAGAAUUCUGAUUACCUAUAGUUAUUUUCAAGGCGCUUUCAACACGGCAACUGAUUUCUACCUCGCAACCUUUCCAAUCUACAGCUUCUGGAGCUUGCAACUCAGACUGCGCAUAAAGAUCGUGCUGCUGUGUCUACUUAGUAUGGGUCUCUUUGCUAUGGUCGCCAGUAUAAUCAAGACGGUCAAACUCCGUUCACUUAAUCAACCCGGGGACCCUACAAUCAAACAAGACCAGUUGUUGCAUUGGGCCUAUAUCGAGGCAGGCCUGGUGGUAAUCACUUCUUCCAUUCCGUGUCUGCGGCCGCUCUUCAUCGCGAUGGCGAAGGAUUUCAGUAGCUCACCCAGGCCGACAUACGAGCUUACUCCUACAUUUGGACAUUCCCACAGCCACACUCGGUCUCGUGUCACGUCGCGAACCCACACAUACGUCCGCGGAGAUGGCAAUGAUGGUUGGGGAGAUGGAGACAGUACCCGCCAGAUCUUGGGGGAAACACGCGGUGGGAUCACUAAAGAAACAACUGUGACGGUGCGAAACGAGUUAUCAGCAUAG